CUUAUCUAGCCUGCAGGUCCAUACCAUUGUCCUCCUCUCUCUCUCACUCAAGUCGUUGCACGCCACACCAUACACAAACUGCAGAGGGAGGAGCAUCAAGCAUGGCAGGGCUGCAGAGAUCGUCACAGACAUUCAGGAGGUCCGGCUCAUCAGGCUUGGUCUGGGACGAGAGGCUCACGUCCCAGGACGACGACCAGAGCGGGCCAGAGGACGCGGACGCAGCCACGGAUUUAAAGGAGCUGAGGCACUCCCGCAGCGUUGGCUCCGUUGGGCUGCAGCCGCAGCCGCAGCCGCAGCCGCAGCGCCGGCGCAGCGACGACAGCGGCCAGGGCUUCCGUACUCGGCGUGUGGCCCCAGCCCUGGACCCGCCUUCGCCCAAGGUUCCUGGCUGCAUCUUCUGCGGAAUUUUCAGGAAGGCGGGAGCAUCAGAGCCAAAAUCUAAACCCAGAAGGUACUAACUAAGUUGUUUUACCGUGUAUUGGGGAGCUAGGAUCAGAGACCGUCAGUUUUCCUUGAGCCCGCAGAAGUUCGUGUUUUUCGUGUAUGGAAUGGUAGAUGAGAUGUAUAUGUAUUGUUGUAAGUUUGGAGUGGACAAAGCUUUUGUGUUUCUUCUUCCUGUGUUGCUGCUUUAUGGCUCUAUCCUUGACCAUCAUGUACAUAAUAAAGUUUGCGUAACUAGCAUACUGCAUACAUGUAAGUUACAAGUACAUGAACAUGGUGCUCUUAUUUGUAUGCUUCUACAUGGAU